AUGCAUUGCAACUGACAAAUCUAUGUAGUAAUCGUCAAAAGUUACUAGAAAAAUGAAAGUUUUAGCACUGUUUCUAGUAGUUGCUGCUGCAGUUUCUGUGUCAGAUUCAGCGAAAAAUAUCGUUUGCUACUUCACAAGUUGGUCUGUUUACAGAACUGGAACUGGUCAAUUCGAUGUGGGAAAUAUAGAUCCAUACCUAUGUACACAUGUUAUAUAUGCAUUUAUAGGUAUUACCGCUGAUGGGAAUAUUCAUAUACUAGACGAGUGGGAAUCUGGCAGGGAUGGAUUAAAUGGUUUUUCUAAUUUUGCUAACCUAACUCAAGUCAACCCAGACUUAAAGCUCAUGGUCGGUAUGGGUGGAUGGAACGAGGGCUCGAAAAAUUACUCAAUAGUUGCAGCUGAUUCGGCGAAACGUACGGUUCUUGUUGCAGAAGUCGUGCAGUUCCUUACUGACCACGGUUUCCAUGGGUUUGAUCUCGCCUGGCUGUACCCAGGAAUAGGGGAUGGAAGUGAUGCUGAUUUCGACUAUGCAAAUUAUAUACUACUCCUUACAGAACUUAAAGAAGCUCUAUCUGCAAACGGAUACCUAUUGUCAGCUGCUGUCUCUGGAGGAAUUUCAUACGCGGAUAUAGCUUACAACAUCUCCCUUGUGAGCGCGCAAUUAGAUAUAAUCAACGUUAUGGUCUACGAUUUUUACGGUUCUCAGGAUACAUAUGCUGCUCAUUUUGCACCACUGACUGCAUCGAGCACUGGUGAUAGUGGAAAUGCUACUUUGAAUGUCAAAUCUGGUAUCGAGCACUGGAUAAACCAAGGAGCCGAUCCAGCUAAGAUACACCUUGGAGUCGGCACUUAUGGCAGAACUUUCACAUUAGCUGAUCCAGAUAACGCAGCACUUUAUGCCCCUGUUACCGGUCAGGGAACAGCUGGUCCAUAUACGAAUGAAGACGGUUUUCUAGGGUAUAAUGAGAUUUGUGAAUUAUAUAGUAACUGGACCUAUGUCUGGGACGUCGACCAACAGGUACCCCACAAGGUGUCUGGCGAUCAGUGGGUUGGUUACGAAGACGAGAGCUCUGUCGCUCUGAAGGCUGCGUAUGCCAACGAGAAAGGUUUGGGUGGUAUGAUGGUAUGGACUCUCGACACCGACGAUUUCCUUGGUAGUUGCGGAGGCCAAACUUACUCACUUAUACGUGCAAUGAACAUAACAUUGAACAACAUAACUAGUUCGUAAUAAAAUAAAAAGUUUUAUUGACAGCAUUCAUUGUUUUAUCUGAAGGGGUGGUCAUAAUUACAGCUUGACAGAUGUAUUCAUUCAUAACUAGUUCGUAAUAAAAUAAAAAGUUUUAUUGACAGCA